CGUUCACGCCGGCUGACUUGACGUGCUGGCUUUAAAUGGGAAUACCCUCAGUGCUUCUGCGGGAGUCUCCUUUAAAAAAUCUUACCUCGUCACUGGGAUGCGGUUGCCGGAGCCGGGCACCUCGUAGCCGACCAUCCCCGCUCGUAUGCCCAGCACCGAGAGGGACCACUCACCAAAGAUGACAGCUCCGUCAAACCUAACCGACGCUGCACCACGCGAGCAGCGGUUUCUGGUGUUGUUUGACUUUGACGAGACCAUCAUCUCUGAGAGCAGCGACGACGCCGUGGUGCGAGCACUGCCAGGCAAAGAGCUCCCUGCCUGGCUGACCAACAGCUACAGAGAGGGUUACUACACUGAGCACAUGCAGAAGGUCUUGGCCUAUAUGGCGGAGCAGGGCGUGUCUGAAGACUCCAUCCACUCGGCGGUGGAGAAUAUCCCGCCGAAUGCCGGCCUCCUGAACCUCUUCCAGUAUCUGCAGAGACACCAGCAGGACUUUGAGCUGGUGGUGGUCUCCGAUGCCAACAUGUAUUUCAUUGAAACGUGGCUGGAGCACGCCGGGGUGCGUCACCUCUUCAGGAAGAUCUUCACCAACCCGGCGAGUUUUGACGUGACCGGCCGGCUCGUGCUGCUCCCUUUCCACUCGCACUCGUGCACCCGUUGUCCAGACAACAUGUGCAAACAGGCGAUCCUUCGAAAGUAUUUGCUGGACCGGCAGGAGGAGCGUGGCGGCACUCCUUUCCAGAGGGUGUUCUACAUCGGAGAUGGGGCCAAUGACAUCUGCCCCUCUCUGGCUCUGGGGCCCCAGGACACCGCCUUCCCCAGGAAGGGCUUCCCCAUGCACUGGCUGCUGACAGAUAUGCAGAAGUCCCAGUCCGCCAAGUUCAAAGCGCACAUAGUUCCAUGGGUCAGUGGUGAGGACAUAGUGGAUUCCUUGAAGAAAAUAAUGGAGGAAAGAUGAGGACAAGGGGAGUGAAUAUACAAUACAGCAAAGGUGCACCAACAACAGUCCUCUAAAGAUGCGGCCAAACAAUAGUUCUUCAUUUUGGAAAGACAAUGUCUGUAAAGAAAUGUGUAGCUGCAGCUGGUUAAGUACUUUGUUUUAAUAGGGAUUAAAUAAACUUGACGUAUAUGUAGUGAAAUUUAAAACGAUUUGAAGAAAGAUUUUAUGUCUUACCAGGGUUGCAGCUCAUGCUAACUGUCGACAUAUUAGCAUGUUUCCCAAAAUGUACGACUAAUCUUUUAAUGUCAGCCUAGUGAAAGAAAAACGACAUAUUUCUAUUUUAAUUGAUUGCCAUUAAUGGCAUAUCAGUAUUAAAAGUCCCCCCUGCAAUUAUCUUGGAGAUCAAUAACGAAUAUAAUGUAUGUUCUGGUCCUUAACCUCCUGAGACCCAAACUUUGCGUCUUUAAUUUUUCCAAGGUAUUUACGAUUAGUAAAAAAAAUAUGUCCUCAUAUGUGGCCAUUGGGAUUAUUUCAUUAUUUAGAUUAUAACAAAGUCACCCUAUGUGUGACAAAGUAUAAAACUGUUUAUUUUAAUACCUGUACAUGACUGAGUCCCAACAUCCUCAAACGAGUACUUGCUAAUUAGCGACGUUGUUGCUCGUUGAUAUUGAUAAAAUAUGUUAGAUUUGCGCUUAAUGUCAAACUAGAAACAUUAAUUCAGCAUAAAUAAAUAAGCCUUAACUUCUGCUACCACCAGAUUACACACUAAAGCGUCGACUAAUGAGAACAACAGGUUUAAAUGAAGCAGAAUAAGAUGCGAUAAAACCUAAAACUUAAUGUCCCCAUGUGAGGACGCAGGAUCUCUGGAGGUUAAGUCUAAUAGGUCCCUUCAGUAUGAAUGCAUUUGGAUAUCUCAUGAAGCAGUGUUGCUACAGAUUUCAGUGGCUCUUCCAGCCGUGUGUGUGUGUGUGUGAGGGUGGGGGGGGGGGUCCUGGUGUUGGUAACCGUCUUUUUAACGCUCCAGUCGAAAAGGCCUCGACGAUUGACACACGAGUAGGAGCGGGUGUUGCAGCCCUAUCGGAGACAAAAGACCACACAUGUCGCAUCAGGCCUGGGACACGGACGACGUAGAACAGAGAUAAGGUGACAGCUCAGAGUAUGUGCACACACUCCACAGCCCUGAUACCCAACCUCGGGCUUGAUUAUACAACGGUAAUCUACACCAGCAUGAGUAGCCAGCACACGGCAGCUCUUUGGACCAACGUUAACACCCCCGUCCCUCUGAAACUAUGAAAGAAAAGCUGCAACGCAAAACACAGGUUUUAGAUUUUAAAGUCCAAUUGAGUGAUUAACAUUGACAAAAGUCUGUGUGUUUGGAGAGGAUUUAUGUGUUUAUUUUCAUAAUUAACCCGACGUGUAAACCUCGUUCGGCCUCACUUCAUGCCGGGGGGUGGAAAAUAUAUACAUUUUAAAGUUAUUUUUAAAAAAAGAGGCAUAUUCUGUUAAAAUUCAGGACAUACUAGGAUUUAAUUUUAUUUUUUUUUCUAGUUUACAACACUUUGUUUAAAAUGUACUGUAACCGUACUACUGCUGCAUGUCUACUGUGCAUAUCUUGAUUUUUAGAGACUAUUUAAAAUAAUUUUUUAUGUCAUUAUGCACACAUAUUAAAGUAAUAGUGUGGAUAUUUGUAUUAGUAUUUUAAAUAUUUCUACAAAUAUAGAAACAUCCAUGCUGAGGCAUUAGAAGUGAAUCUGGGCGCGUGUGUGUUUGUCAGUGGAUGAAAAAUCGCCUUAAAGAACACCUUGAUGCUGGAAAUCUCCUUUUAAACAGUAGUGUUUUAAUUAUCCCGGGAGCAGAGAAAGGAAAUAUAACGACACAAUAACAAUAAUGUGUUGAUUUACACUGUCUUAUUUUCCUCUCCAAGAACAAAAUGUUUAAUUUUUAACAAAAAAAAAAGCGUCACUUAGAUGGUGAGGUGUAGUGCUAAUGCUUUGUGGUUAAGGGACUAAAGUUGUGUGAGCUUUUUUUUUUCUUUCUUUCUUUUGUGAGUUUAUUUUCCUGUCGUGUGUAACUUUAAUUGACUUUGUGCAAUAAUAAUUCAUACUUUAAAAAGAGAGGAAGAGAAACUGACCGCUGACAUUUUCAGGGAUGUGAAUCGAUCCCAGAUCACUAGACCACAGUGCUUUUUUUUUUUUUUUUUUUUUAAAUGACGCUUUAAGAUCAUAUUCAGGCAACCAAAUUAAUGUAUGUGUUGUUGUCACUAAUAUGCUACAUUUAUUUUUGAAUUGUGCGUGUUCAUUGAAAAAUAACAAUGAAGUGUGUAGUGCAUCGAUGUAACGGGAAUAUAAAGCCAUUAUCUGACA